GUGACGGAAACGCUAUGGAAGUUGUCGACGGUCGGAACCCCAAUGUCAAACGCAAGCGAGAGGGCGUCGUCCCGAACGGCGACAUCGACCUGGCCCUGCUGGAGGCAGUAGAGAAAUCCCAAAACGCCGUAGAAGCCCUAGACAUCCGAAACCUAAAGAAGCUGGUGCUGUCCUUCGAGCGGCGUCUCAAGGACAACAUCGGAGCCAGACUCAAGUACCCGGACCAACCCGACCGCUUCGCCGACUCCGAGGUCGAACUCCACGACGAACUCCAGAAGCUCAAGGUCCUCGCUGGAGCUCCGGAGCUCUACCCGGAACUCGUCUCCCUCAACACCGUCCCUUCCAUCCUCAACCUCCUUGGCCACGACAACACCGACAUUGCAAUCGACGUCGUCCAAUUGCUUCAGGACUUAACCGACGAGGACGUUUUUGACGAGAACGACGAGCCCGCUAGGGUUCUCGUCGAUGCCCUCGUCGACAACAAUGUUCUCGAAUUGUUGGUUCAGAAUCUGCACCGGUUGAACGACUCGGACCCCGAUGAGAGCGCCGCCGUGCACAGCACUCUCGCCACCAUCGAGAAUUUGAUGGAGGUGAAGCCGGCGGUGGCGGAGAUGGUGUGCGAGAGAACAAAGCUGCUCAAAUGGUUGAUGGGGAAGAUUAAGGUGAGAGAGUUUGACGGGAACAAGCAGUAUGCAUCGGAGAUAUUGGCUAUAAUGUUGCAGACCAGUGUUCCCAAUCAGAAGAGGUUGGGGCAGAUGAACGGUGUGGAUGUGUUGCUUCAGGCGGUGGCUAUGUACAAGUCGAAGGACCCCAAAAGCUCCGAGGAGGCCGAGAUGUUAGAGAAUUUGUUUGAUUGUUUGUGCUGUUUGUUGAUGCCCUUGGAAAACAAGGAGAGGUUUGUCAAGGCUGAAGGUGUGGAGUUAAUGAUUAUUAUCAUGAAGCAAAAGAAGUCUGCUUAUGGCUCGGCCAUAAGGGCGCUCGAUUUUGCCAUGACCAAGUACCCACCGGCCUGUGAACGUUUCAUUGAUGUUUUGGGGUUGAAGACGGCCUUUGCAGCUUUUAUGGGUAAGAUUCCAAUUAAUAAGAAAAACAAGAAGGAGCGUUACAACGAGGAGCUGGAGGAGCGCGUUGUGUCUCUAAUUGCAUCAUUAUUUGGUGGAAUUUUGAGGGGCUCUAGAAGGGAGAGAUUGUUAAGCAAGUUUGUUGAAAAUGAGUGUGAAAAGAUAGACCGGCUUAUGGAACUUUAUAUGAGAUAUUCAGAUAGAGUUAACGCCGAAACUGAACGAAUGGAUCGGCUUGAACUCGAUGAUUUAGAGAUGGAUGAAGAGGAAAAAUACAACCGGAAGUUGGAAUCUGGACUUUAUACUCUUCAGUUGAUUGCUGUUAUUCUGGGUCAUCUUUGGUGCUCUGAGCACCCUCAAAUGAGAGCAAGAAUUGAAUUACUACUCAAGCAGCAAAAACUGACGAAGAAGGAUAUUAAGGAUAUACUUCAGGAAUAUCAGGAAAACAUUGGUGAUGUUGAUGGACCUGAAGAAAUGGAGCGAUCGCAGGCAAGGAUUCAAAGGUUCAUCUCAGCAUUCUGAUUGUUUAAAUGAUCUGUUAGAGGCCUAUCGAGCUAUGUUUGCGGAAAGUGAAAGUGCGAAGUCGUGGUUGUAUUAGUAGUUGAGAAGUGAUGAUGUAGAGGAUCUUGUCUGUAACUUUUUAAGUUUCAACAGGAUAAGGUGAUAAUGUUUAUUUUUGGGACCUGUUUCUUGUAAAACAAAGCUGUGGAAAUUGGACUUGAUUUAAAGAAAGCUGCAUUUUUUACUGCUCA